CGGGGACACAUGCAUUUUAAAAAAAUAACAUUAGACAGCAACGCCUCUGUGAUAGCUGCUGAGGGAUUGUCUCGUGGACUGGACAGUGUCCUACAUUGAGGAGACAUUUUACAUGAGAUGGCAGGAAGAAAAGCCACAGGUGUCUGCGUUCUUUACAUUCUGCUUGUCCUUUGUGGCUUCACACUCUGUUUGCCCACGGGGAAAAUCACAGACCAUGAUGUGGACGGGGGACAGGACCUCGACAUAUUUGACAUAAAUGAAGCUGCAGGACUGGACCUGUUUGAAGGAGACAUUGUCCUUGACGAGAGGCAAGCCCGGAAUUCAAUAAUAGGGGAUGAAUACAGGUGGCCCACCGUGAUCCCAUACGUCCUGGAAGAUGACCUAGAAAUCAAUGCCAAAGGUGUGAUCCUCAAGGCCUUCGAGCAAUACCGGCUCAAGUCCUGCAUCGACUUCAAACCGUGGAGCGGAGAAGCCAACUACAUUUCCAUCUUCAAAGGAAGCGGUUGUUUUUCCUCUGUGGGAAACCGACGAGUUGGGAAGCAGAGGUUGUCAAUAGGAACCAACUGUGAUCGCAUCGCCACAAUAGAACAUGAGUUCCUUCACGCCUUGGGUUUUUGGCAUGAGCAGUCAAGGGCAGACCGUGAUGAUUACGUCAGGAUCAUGUGGGACCACAUAUCAGAUGGGAGAGAACACAACUUCAACACCUACAACGACACCACAUCCAGCUCACUGGGCGUGCCCUACGACUACGGCUCCAUGAUGCACUACAGCAAAAACGCCUUCCGUAACGGCACUGAGCCCACCAUCGUCACCAAGAUUCCUGCGUUUAGUGAUGUCAUCGGCCAGCGCAUGGAGUUCAGUGACAGUGACCUGCUGAAGCUGAACCGUCUCUAUAACUGCACUCAGGGUUCAACCUUUUUGGACUCAUGUGACUUUGAACGUGAAAACAUCUGCGGUAUGAUCCAAGGACCAGGGGACGAGCAGGAUUGGACAAGGGAAAUGAAAGCUACAGGAGGACCCGACACAGACUACUCCAACCUGGGCAAAUGCAAUGGCUCUGGAUACUUCAUGCACUUCAACACUGGCACUGCCAACACUGGAGACACAGCUUUGCUUGAAAGCAGACUUCUUUACCCCAAACGUGGUUACCAGUGUCUGCAGUUUUUUUACUACAACAGUGCAGGAACCAGUGACAAACUGAAAAUCCACGUUCGAGAGUAUAACAGCACCAACCCUAACGGAACACUGCGUUUUAUAAAGACCAUAGAUUCUGCUCCUGAGAGGCUGUGGCAGCUCCAUCAUGUCAGUCUGGACGUUAAAACUAAAUUUCGUGUUGUAUUUGAGGGGUCCAAGGAAGGGACUGGGACGACAGAGGGAGGGGGACUCUCACUGGAUGACAUAAACAUUUCUGAGACAACCUGCCCAGAGUUCGUGUGGCGUGUAAAGAACUUCAGUGAAUUGAUGACUACCACCCCCACAGAGAAGCCUAUCUACAGUCCACCAUUUACUUCGAAGGAGGGGUACUCUUUCCAAAUGCAGUUGUUCCCAAAUGGAGUAGAAAGCAAUCCUGGGGAGAUCGCAGUCUACGCUAACCUUGUAGCUCUUGAAGGAGAAACAGGCCAGAUAUGGCCCUGCCCAUGGAAACAGAUGACCAUGAUGCUGAUGGACCAGAACCCACACAUUCAAAAGCGCAUGAACAACCAGCGUAGCGUGACCACUGAUCCCAACCGGAAAAUAACAGAAACAGACAAUUUUUUCUGGGAUGACCCUCGCAAGGUGGGUCCCGAAGUCACAGCCCCCGAUGGAUUAAAGUAUUUCCAGGGCCCACGUGCUGGAACCCCAGUGUAUCUCACACAUCUCAGAGCCAGAAGCAGGGACUUUAUAAAGAACGGAGACGCAAUAUUUUUAUUAUCCAUGGAAGAUGUGUCUCAUUUGACUGAGAGCCAGCCAACGCCUGCCACAACAGUACAUCCUGUCACCACUCCUUCAUCCAAUAACAACUGCUCCAGUGUGGAGUGUCUGAACGACGGAGUGUGUGUAAUGGACGAAGGAAUACCUUCUUGCAGAUGUGUGGUGGGGAAAGACUGGUGGUAUUACGGAGACAGAUGUGAGCGCAAGGGCUCACUCAUGGACAAAACCAUCCUCGCUCUGGCGUCGUCCCUGUCAGUAUUGGGAGUUAUGUUGGUGAUAACAAUAAUCAGUGUCAUCUGUGUAAAGAAAAAGUACAAGAACCGUGAUUCUGGUGGUGUCAUUUCAAACACGUAUGCAAACUAAAUGUGGUUAGUAGGAAAAAAUAAAUACAAGAAAAAUACCACAAUAUUUUCCGUUGUACUUUGCUGUGGCGUAACUCAAAAUAAAACAUAAAAACAUACAACUCCGCCCUCUUCUGGCCACACGAUGGAAAAACACUUACCUGUUCACUUUUUUGCGAAAUAAAUGACUUCAAAAAUA